AUGGCCAAAAACUUCGAUUUCGGCUUGUCCGACCCCCACCCCGGGAUUCCCGGUGAGAUCUAUUUUGGAGAGGACUGGGUUCCUUCUUCUCCCGUACCCGACGUAGGGUUCGGACGUGCGAUGAUUGAUAUCUCGGACCUUCCGUCAGUGGAAGAUCUUUCCAGAAACAGAAUCAGGCUUCCUGAAGUGUUCGCAGCAUGGCGCGAGAAGCUUGCGCGCCCUUUCAAAUCCAAGAAGAACAAGGGGAAAGAGUCCGAAAAAUCUAGUGACAAGUCGCGAAGCCGGGAGCGGAGCUCGCUGAACAUGUCCUUGUCGUCACUGUCGUCUCUGGGGAACACAUUGAAGAAGAAUGUUAUCUUCCCUUUCCGUCGUUGA